GCUUCUGCUAGACCAGAGAGCCACAGCAAGCCGAUGUCAAGGCGACGACAGCUUUAUGGAAGAGAUCCAAGGUCCCGGAGGGGAGCGCACAGUGAGCAGCAGCAUCUGCCGCGCUCUCCUCCGCGACAAAUGGCGUGGUCCUCGCCGGCACCGAUGUCCAUAGCAAGCAACUCAACCACCUCCCUCAAUACACCACUAGAACAUGCACACGGCAUCACCAUGGAGCGUACUCCCUCCGGAAAUUCUAUCAUUUCAGACCCUCGGUUCGAGCAGGAACCGAAUCAUACGUUAACCUCCCGCGAUAUUGAAGCGGCGAGGUUUGUUCUAAAUCACAUGGAACGAGGUCCAUCUCGUUGGAACCACGAAGACAUCUUCAAGAGCUUGAUCAAUCGACACGAUCAUAUCGACGACCAAGCCUUGGAUGGCAUUCUCACCACCGCCGACUCAAUCUUCUUUUCCGAAACACUCUACAGGCGGGUCCAAUGGGAAUGGUCCUCGGAUGACAGAUAUCAGACCGAACUCAUCGGCACCACAGCUCUACGGCGCUGCUCUGACCGCGACGGCUUCGAAACCCUCAUCGUUCUCUCAGCUCCGAUUCUCAAGAACCCGAAAUAUGAUCGUCGACUCCUUCUCUCUGCGUUCUUGCACGAACUGAUACAUUGCUACCUGUUUAUCAAGUGUGGGUUCGAGGCGAGGAUGCAGGGUGGCCACACCAAGGGCUUUCAUAUGAUCGCCCGAGCAAUCCAUGACUGGGUUGAAAAGUGGCAUCCCGGAUACCUGGAGCUCUGCAACAUGAAAGCAAACCUUAACCGCUUCGACAAGACGAGAGCUCCGAUGCAAUUUGUGGAUCCGAGGGUUGAUGUGUUUCGGGAUGAGAGGAGACAUGGUCAUGAGGGGUGUAAUCAGAGUCCUCGACCUGAUUGUGAUCAUAUAGAGGCGUCUGGCGUUCGUCCUUUAGCCCUGCCCCCGAGGCCUGAUCAUACUUGGCAUUAGCUUUUAAAUCAUUCUUAUUGAUGACGGGGCGUUUGUUCUUUCUGGUUUUAGCGGGCUCCACGAAUCUUCUUACCUCGUAGAUCGAUACCAAAGUAAAGCGUAGCAUGAUAGAACGGCUAAUACUUUUAAGUAUUUAGAACGGCGGUGGAAUUCUGGAGCAGUCGCUCCUCUUCUCCAUGCCAAAAGUGCCUUCAAGAUUGUAUAUAGUAAAAUUUCUGAGAUCCUGAC